CGAGCGCUCUGAUUGGCCGUGCUUCUCCCAGAGGGCGUGGCCGAGAGAAGGUGGCACCGCAACCUGCCGCUGCUUUCCUGGCCGGCGGCCGAGUCGUGCGCGCAGCAGGGAACCAUGGCGUACGGGGGCCUCGCGGUGCCAAUCAUCGUCAUGAGCGUGUUCUGGGGGGUGGUCGGCGGCGUCCUGCCGUGGCUGGUGCCCAAGGGGCCCAACCGGGGUGUUAUCAACACAAUGCUGGUGACAUGUGCUGUUUGCUGCUAUCUCUUCUGGCUCAUUGCAAUCCUGGCUCAGUUGAACCCACUGUUUGGGCCGCAGUUAAAAAGUGAUAUAAUAUUAUAUCUAAAAGAGCACUGGCCAUAAUGAUGCCUUCUUCUAUUGUGCCUUGCGGACUAGGAUAUGAAGAAAUUUUCUCUAUGGAACUUUCCAUUGAUCCAAAGAUGCUCUUAACAUACUUUGAAUUCAAACAUGUUUCCUGCAAUGCCUUACUAUUUUGUUUACCAUGAGAAUGGAUGUCUAAAACAUUUUCUGUGUUUGUUCUUACACUUUAAAGUGCCUGGUGGAGAUACUGUGCCUCUUCAAUAUAACUUCCUUGCCACAGUGGCUGGAUGGAACCAAGCACUGCUUAUUUCUAAAUAUUUUUCCCUUACCAAUUUUCAUAGCAGUCUAUUUUUUCAAGUAUAACUUGAAUGUUAUCUGAUAAUUUAAAUGAAGGUUAGAGUUUCUAACAUCUGAAAUAAAAGUCUUCUCUGUUUAA